AUGUGGACACAUGAGAAGUAUUCUAAUUUUACGGUCGUUAGUUCAGUAGGACGAGAUGGUCAUCAUAGAUAUUGGAAUGUCGGUAUUCUAUCAGAAUCAGUGUUUGAAAUACGUUGUGAUAUAUUACCCACAAAAUGGCCAUUUGUCAUAACUAACUCAAAAGUUCAUGGACUAUUGAUUUGCGGUUUUAAAGAAAGCAAUUUAAUUGUGUACAGUCCAAUAGAACAAAGAAUUUUGGCGACUGUUCCUUGUGGAGGUGGUCAUAGAGCAUGGGAUUUGACAUUUAUCAAUGAUUGUGAUUCAAUAUAUUUUGUUUGUAGCUCAUCGAGUAAUAAAUUAGAAUCAAAUGAAAUACCCCUACAUGGUCAUCAUAGGCUAUUGAAAGGUUUUCAUUCCAUGAUUGUAAAUUGCAUGGCACAAGUUACUGAUGAGUUAAUGAUAACCGGCAGUGAUGACACUACUGUUAGAUUGACUCGUUUUAAUGAUGCGGUUGAUAAUUUGUUAACAUUACGAAGUCAUAUAUCAUCAGUUCGUUCUGUAUCUUGUCUUACUUUAAAGCCUAAUGUAUACAUUAUUGUAACAGCUGGCGGUAGAGCUCAGUUGAAAAUUUGGACUUUGAAUAUAACAGAUAAUAAUGUGUAUUGUGAAGAAUCAAUAUCACAUUUAUUGAAAAGUAAACAAGAAAAAAAACCUUGGAGGACAGUUGUACCUUCAAAUGAAGGUGAGACACGCUUUAUGGAUGUGUGUGUUCAGUACACUAAGACAAAAUCAAUUUUAAUUUCUGUUGGAUGUUCUGAUGCAGUUCUUAGGUUAUAUAAUUAUGAUACAAACAAUAAAACUUUGAGUUUAAUUGAAGACAAUUUGGACUGCAAUAACUGUAUACUAAAGAUUUUACUUGUUCAAUUAAAUAGUUUUCAUUAUGUUUUAACUACUGAUACAAAAGGAUUUGUAAAUUUUUGGGACAUUUCAAAAUAUGUUGAUAAUAGUGAUGUAGAUCUAAGUUUUACACCUAAAUAUAGACAUUGCUUACACCAAUCUGGUAUAAACUGUUGUGAUUGGUUGGAAAUUGAAAAUAAUUAUGGCUUACUAACUACGGGUGGAGAUGACCAGCGUUUAAGUUUAUCAAUUUUUCACUAUGAGGAUUCUGUAUCAUUAAUAUGUAAUGAAUACAUUUCUAUCCAUUGUUCUCAAGUUACAGGUAUUAAAGUGUAUAAUCAAUUUGUUGUAACUGCAUCUGUGGAUCAGAAAAUUAUUUUUUCCUCUUGGAGUUGUGAUUUGAAUUCUAAAACUGUACAAGUAUUACCAUUUGCAUCAUACUUUACAACAGUUGCAGACAUUCAUGGUUUAAUUGCUCAUAAGCAAGGAGACGAAGUUAAAGUGAUCGUGUACGGCCAAGGAGUAGAAACGUUCUACGCUGAUAUGAGUUCACUAACGCAGCCGCCGCCGUCGUCGUCGUCUAUGCAGACGCCUCAGCAGUACAGUGUAGAACGAGUGACGCCGGCUUUGGAACUCGGAGAAGGCCCACACUGGCACUCGCCGACCCGCAGCUUGUAUUUCGUAGAUCUCCACCAGGGCAAGAUCAACAGAUACCAUCCGGAAUCGAACAGCUUCUUCAGCGCCAAGAUAGAGGGCUACAACGAUGUAACGCUCAUCCUGCCGAUCGAGGAUAAGGCUGAUAUGUUCGUGGUAGGUCUGGGGGCUUCGCUCGGCAUAGUGCAGUGGGACGGGCGUUCGAAUACAACGAGUCAGCCCAAGUACGAGAAACUGAUCGACGAGACACCGGGCAAUCGUCUGAACGACGGUAAAGCGGACGCCACUGGUCGACUGUGGGUCGGAUCCAUGGGUUCGGAGAUGGAGGACAACCCGGGCCACUAUUACAAGCGCCGCGGUUCCCUGUUCUCGGUGGAACUCGAUGGCACCAUCAACAAGCGCUUGUCCAACGUGAGCAUCUCCAACGGGAUGGCGUGGAGUUCGGAUAACAAAGAGUUCUACUAUGUGGACACUUACAAGUUCGCGGUCGAGGCGUACGAUUUCGACAUCAACACCGGAGACCUAUCCAACGGAAAAGUGAUUUUCGACUUGACAGCCAAUAAAGUCGCCGGCGAUCCGGACGGCAUGACCAUCGACAAAAACGGCAACCUCUGGGUGGCGUGUUUCAACAGCAAUCACAUCUUGAAAAUCGAUCCCGUCACCGGCACUCUGUUGACAACCGUCCAAUUGCCCGCCUAUCAGGUCACCUCGGCCGCGUUCGGCGGACCGAAAUUGGACGAGCUGUACGUGACGACGGCCGGUUACCAGUUGACCGAAGCUCAAAGGGCCAAACGUCCUUAUUCGGGGGCCGUGUUCCGAGUGACUAACACGGGAUCCACCGGCUUCGAAGGCGUGUCCGCCAAGGUACACGUGUGUCCGGAUAAUCCACUGCACACGAUAUGA